UAUUGAUGAUUUGAUGCUUUGCACAUUCGAGCUUGAGUCAGAGCCAUGGUCUACAAAUAAUACCGAUCUCGUAAUUGGCUUUUAUUGAGCCAAGUUAGCUAAUGUCUUCAAAUGUCAACACUUUUCCCACUGAUCCCGCGACGCGGGAACCAACGAGUCUCUCACCUCCGCCAGGUUAGCAAUGGCAGCUCUGAGAAUGGGACUGCGUUUACAAGCAGACCAGUCACCUCGUGCUCGAGCACAGGAACCAUUCAGCACGACUCAAUACCUAUUAAGCUUCCUGUCGAGAGGCGCUGCAAUCUUUGGACACACGAUGAGACUUUCUCGAAAGACGAAGUUAUUCUAAACCUGGACUUGUUCCCAGAUGUCAAGGCGGGGGAGCUCAUGGCUAUCGUAGCCCUCAAGACAGACUCUGGAUUUCGCGAUUUUCAAGAAAAGUCAGCGUUAAAUAAACCAGACAUCGAUAGUGCAACAGUUACCGGACGGUUUGGAAGUUACAUUUCGAACCAAGCUAGCCAUGAACAUCGUGGGAAAGGCUCUAAGCAUGAAGCGGGCUUUGGUAAACGUUAUUUGUUCCUUGCGAAAGAUAUGCCAAAGGAGCUGAAGUUGAAACAGCCCUCAUUGGAGGUAUCCCUUGCUAAACCAAUCGCUGAUUUAUUCAAUUUGAAGCAUCGUUCAAAUGUACUACUUUGCACAGUACGUUCUACAAACAUUUCGCCCCAAAUUCACUACUAAUAAUGAUGGGUCCACAGGCCGAUUCAGCAACCAGUUCUGCGUCCCAUGUGGAGAUGUCGUUCAAAGAUCAAUACCUUGCUCGAUCAGACAUGUGGAGAUUGACUGUGGGCGAAAUGGUGGACAAGGCAGUAUACAAAGGGCAAAAGAUUUUGUUCAUGGGUACCAUCAAGGCACAAGUUACUUCUGUUUACAUUGGUGGUCGAAAGGUGGAGUCUGCCUUCUUCUCGGCAACCACCAAACCAAUUUUCCGGAGCGAGUCGGCGCGUUAUGUGCUUUUCAUUCAAAUGUCAAGGGAAAUGUGGGAUUUUGACUCCGAAGGUUCAGGAGAAAUCAUGUUCAACAAAGUGGUGAAUGGCUUUCUACCAGCAUUGUUCAAAAAGUGGGUACAGCUCAAAGUGAAGCAUUUAGUCAGCAUAGUCUUAUUUACAAGAGUCGAAUACGACACUGGAUUGGCUUCAGAAUUAGCAAGAUCGUCCCACGACACCGCUUACCACACGGGCGUGCAGACUGAUGGUAGUAAGAAGCCAUAUAAGGACUUUUAUCGAGUUGUAGUCAGUGAGAUGGCCAGUGGAGAAUGGACAACGAUUCUCUAUCAGUUGAAGCGCGAGUUUAAAUUCUUUCGAAAAGAUAUCUCUAUGCAUCGGAUCGAGUUAGUCACAGCCUCGGGAGCGCCGUUCCCAGCCACAAAUAAAGGUACUCUUGGAACACGCAUCGAGGCCGAGCCAUCGCUUGCCAUGCACGGAAAUGUUCUCGAAGCAAUCGAUCUCGCAUCGACUCAAUUCGCACAUGAUUAUAUUGAUCGAGACCUUGUUAGGACUGGAAUAUCCAUCGUCGUUGUAACUCCCUGUGCUGGGCUCUUUGAAGUAGAUUAUGAAACUCUCCGAAAAACCACUGAAAGUCUCAUUGGUAACGGCAUUGGGAUUGACCUAGUUUGUCUCCCAAAAAUGCCACUGCACUCUGUGCCUCUUUUUCGAUACAGAAAUCCUAGAUAUGCUCCAUUUCAAGAGGCAUUACAUUUCAAAGCUCUCCGCAGCGAGGACAGCACCCCGCGUCAGACAGCACCUAUCUUUGGAAGUUAUUCAUCUUUAAAUGAAUCGCUUUCGCCGCCCAAGGUUCGUGAUAGAGCUUUUCAAAAUCCAUCGUACAAUAAUCGACAUGACCCUAGUGAGUGGAGCUACGCAAUACCUCACUGGAUUGAUGUAUCUUUUUGGACUGGAGCAUCCCAAGAUCUCUUAUCUACUCAUCCUCUAGCUGAUUCGAGCUUCUUCAAAAAGCGAAUAGCCGAAUCCUUUAGCGAUUUCGCAAUACGUUGUAAGAUGUACGAAAUGGAAAUGGCAAGUGUCAUGGAAAAUGCGAUGACUGAGAUUGCUGUUCCGCCUUUACAGCUAGAUGUAGUCUUCUCUCAAAUGGUAAUUCAAGAAUCACGUGAAAGUGCGGGUCUAAAGAAACAUCCUUAUGCUUGGGAGCGCGUGAAGCUGCAGUUAAGUCUCUCGGAAUUUGUUAAUGGGCCGUCAAAACCUAUACUUGAUCGACAUGCUACCCAAGCCGAAAAGAAAUUCGUGAGGGCACUUGAUACAUACGACGUUAACCAUUCUGAAAUAAUGGAAAGCUUUAAUGGCCCGCAACAGAAAAGUUCGAGGUCACCCUUCAAACCAGGAAGUGAGGAAACUGUGCGCAAGGUUCUCACGAAUGAUCCUAAAUUGUUUGGUACCUCUUUCACCGAUGAUAGUUCAAAUCCAAGAAGCAUGAACAUGCUCGCUGGAGAAAAGCUUGACAAAGAGAAGCAAAGCUUGCAGAGAAAUGAUCCUGUGCUACCACGUAAGAGCAGUGUAAGUAAUGCCAUGCCUGCAACAAAAGCACCAGCUGUACGGCCCACAAAAUUGAAUCGACAAAUUAGCCUUGGCAAGUAUGGUUUUGGCAUCGCCGCGCCUAAGGGUGUCGCAGCUGAAUUACAUACCGAGAAUGCCAGUGCCGCGAAACCAGUUUCUACUUUGUCGAAAGAAUCUGAUUCAAGAAAGAAAACUACUUUUACUAUGACAAACCAUCUACUUAACGCCCCAGUAAACCAAGAUCGACCGCCAUCUUCGAAUAGUGAAAGGUCAAAGAUGAGGUCUGAUAGCAGUUCCAUCGAAAGCAAACGAACAAUUGAGCUGGAGGCGGAGAAGAGUCCUUCGAUACGCCCCAUGACCAUAAAAAGCGCACUCCAGUCUCUAGAUUCAACCAACCAGUUCAAAUCUAGAUCCGUCUUGAGCUCUUUCUACGAAGGGACCAGAGAUGACGAAGAUGAAGACAGGAAUUUGCAGCUGCAGAGAACCAAUGACAAUCAAAAAAUCUGGAAUUCGAAAUUGCUAGCAAGAGCUGUUCCCGAGUUACCAUCUACUUUAUCUCCAACUACUGCUUUAUCGCCAUGGCUCAGUGUGCUGAAUCCGUCCAAUCCCACAGAUAGUGAUGCAAUGGGGAGAACAGUCUACAGAAGAUGGCAACAUGUGUUUCCUAAGCCAAUCCGCACUAGAACAAUGAAGUGGAAAUCCCUCUGUUCCCCUGCAUCUGUCCCAUUGACGACCGAGUCAUUUCCAACAAAGUUUCAACUUGAAACUGAAUAUCAACAAAAGCCAUACAAUAUCUCACAAAAUUUCGAGGAUGAACUCAGCGAGGAUCCGAACAAUAGGGAAGACUUUUUGAGGGAGCUAAUCAGCUUACGACUUUCCCAAGGUUUUCAAAUCGUUAUUGGUCCAGCGGUAGCUGAGGCAUUUGGACAGAAGUCGUUGAAGAUCGCAAAUGUGUUUGACCGUGAUCGUAUCGCCGAAGAUGGAGCCAGCGUAUUCAUGUCAAUGGGCAACAUAAUUCACCAAUUAUCAUGCGUGAACGGUACCGAGGUUGAAGUUAAUAUGUUCGUCCGAAAACCAACAGCUUUAACUACACCUAGCCCAGGAACUUUGGAUCCAUCCGGGUACUAUCCGGCAAUUCGGACAACUCUGAGUGAUACCUACGUAUCUCGCAGAAUGACGUUAGGACAAUCGAAGGAUGAAUAUAAUUGGAAUUACGUAGAUUCCUUCAUUGCGGGGUUCGAAGACGACAUGAACGAACAUCUCCGAUUUUGGCGUGCAAGGUUUGUGCUGAUUCCUGUGGUGCGCCCAACUCAAUCUCGACGUGACAAUUUGAGAGGCGAGGACAAUGAGGAGGAGGUUCGGCUAGAAGGUAUCAGGAAGCUCACCCAAAUGUGGCAAAGCCACAGAUAUGUUCCAUCUUCGGAGAGACGUUUCCAGAGCCUUGCUUCUAGGAAAAUAAAAGAUUCUAAUCCUCUCGAUAUCGUGUACAAGACUGAGGAUCCUUCUGUCGUUGUUAGCGCAGAACUCGAAACCUUACCUCUUGUUGAGAGUAGUGAAAAUACCAACAGACGUGGGCAAUUACUAGAAACUGAUCGUUUUCGAAAAUCAAAGCUUGAUGUUGCCGCCCUGGCCGAAGCUAUCCAAGCACCUGUCGAAAAGGGUGGUGUUCGCAUGCAAAAUAGAAGAUGGCACUUUCGCCUCCAUUACAACUGUUUUAUUGGCUCGGAUAUGACGACUUGGUUGCUUGAGAACUUCGAGGACAUUGAAGAUCGUGAUCAAGCGGUUGAGUUAGGCAACUUGCUAAUGGUCGAUGAGACUCAUAGGUUGAGAGAGAAGGAUCUUGGCAAAGAGAGAGAUAGAGAUGCAGGAAUAUUUGUCCACGUUGAGAAACGUCACCCUUUUAGGGAUGGACAAUACUUCUAUCAAGUUACUGGAGAAUUUGCUAAACAGCGACCGGACAGUCGUAGUGGUUGGUUCAGUUCUCGAAGACGUGAAAACUCUGUGCCUUCGACACCAAUGUCAGAUGUCAUGCCCAAAGACUCUCCACGGCCAGAUAGAGCGAGAUCUAGCUCCACGCAAGACGAUAGUUCAAAUGACUCAGGUGCACAAACUCCAACAACAAAUGGUGGGAAAAAACCCAAGGUCUCUCUAAGUAAAGUUAUGAAGUAUGAUGUCGACCAUCGAAAACGCUCUUAUCGUCCCGAGCUCAUCAAUCUUCACUAUGAUCGUCUUCACAAUCCCGACAAUUGUUACCACAUUCGGAUCGACUGGCUCAAUGUUACAGCUAAGCUGAUUGAAGAUGCCAUACAUACGUGGGCAACAACUGCAGAACAACAUGGCCUACGACUAGUCGAAGCACCAAUUGGCGAGGCAUGUUCUAUUUCUUCAGUUCAUCCAUUCAGGAGCCCUUAUUUGAUCGAGUUAUCACUGCAGCCUCCGGAUCAACAGCCACGAACAUACUUUGAUGUCAAUUCGUUCACUCCCCAAGUACAAACUACCCAGUCUAAUCGACAUUAUUACCAAAAAGCGAUCAUGAAAAAGUUUAAUUUCGUUCUUGAUAUUGAGGCAGCGAAGAAUUUUCCAAGCAAUGUUGAUGUGACAUAUUCAUGGGGACGACCGGAUUAUACCUAUACCCAGUACAUCCAUAGAUCCGGGGUUUUACUUGCUCAAAUUACAGAUGAAGGUAAUUUUCUUCUUUUAGCGAAUCGACUAUACAAUAAUAGGACGGCAUCAGCUAGAGAGUCAGAUAAAUAUAUGAAAGUGGAUCAUACCGGCAUCAGUCGGAUGGGACCAAGUCCAAUAGCGAACAAUGCUGGCAUUGCCGCAGGCAUAUCUAGUCCAUUUCAAUCACCAAUCCUACGCGCGGCCCAUGCCCCUUCUCCUCUUCUCCGUGCGACCCACCCCCUCUCUCCUCCUUUACGGACGACAGCUGAUGUACUAGGUCCUUCUCUCCCCAAUUCAAAAUUAGCUACCACUGGUAGCAUUAACCCCGACAUCAUUAAAGCUGAACUCGAAGAAUUCUGUCACGAUAGCUGGAAGUUAGAACUUUUUUACAAAGAAGUUUUUGAAAAAGUGACACCGCCUCAUGCGACGCCACCGACUCUAAGGAGCUCAUACCCUGCUAUGUAUCUUGAUUCGAAUAUCCCGACAUUAGGACUACCUCCGGGGAUUUUGGCGAGAGAUGGCAGGGAUAGUAGUCCAACACCGAUAAGGUUGGAGCGGGUACCAGGAAUAGGGAGUAGUUUGCCGAUUCUUGGGAGGAGACCCAGUGUGCAAAUGAGUAUGGGGACUAAUGCGAGUGAUACGUCGAGGCAGGAAAGUCCGAGGGGGAGUAUAGCUGAAGGUUAAUGUGUUUGAAAAAUAAUAGGUUGAUAGUAUAAAGUGUCAGAUAGAAAUCAUGGGGCUAUUUUAGGACAUCCGCUCAUCAGGGGUAUACGCAUAUUAUUGGAGUCGCGGGCAUACCAUUUAGAGUUUAAAGGUCAAUUGCUGUGCAAAUAGAAAGAUCUAUGCAACCGGUAUAUAGCACUAUCUACCAGGACCCGGACUCCGGUGCCAUAAUCAUCCACUGUCUGCUAGAACUCGGAAGAAGCAUUUGCAGACAGUCAGUACUGGAAGUACAAUGGGUUGAUGAAGAAAUCUGUGGAUAAUGAGGACGAAGGAUAUGAACAUUAAGCUAAUCAGAAAUGGUCAUUGUUCAAAGGUACCAAGAACAAUGCCAAUAGAAACUUUGGACGACAAUUGUAGGGUAAGUAAAGUAGAAGCCCAAGCAUAUUAAAGAUGGGAAGAGGCGAGUAUUGGUACCUACAUAGAAUGGAUGAAAGGGAAUGAAUGACAAAGAGGAAACAGGAAAUAUCAU